AUGGAGAUAUCUGUUUGGAUCAGAUCUUGUCGCCAGUCCUCGGAAGGCGACGAUAGAGCUUCGUCAAAUCCUCAGGUUCGGCCAUUAGUUCGGCCACUGCUCCGUCAGCAGUGGAUCACACUCCGCGAGGAUGCUCUGCUCUGCUUUGCUCUGCGGAUUGCUCUGCAGCUACCGGCUUGGGGGUGCGAGUCUCUGCCGCCUUUCUUCCGGUGCGAGGAGUGGUCCGGCUUCUUGGCACAGCGACAGGCGGAGCAGGAUGCCUUUGUUGAACAGCUGCUGCAGCGGAUGCCCCGCCAGCAUGUGGACGAGAAGCUCUCGGGGUUCUCGGACUCCUCGCCGAGCAGAUCUGAAGAAAGUCACCCUCAGACCAACUCGGCUGUGCAGCUGCAGCCGAUCAGGUCUGAGAAGAUGAUGGUUUUCGAAGACUUCGCCACCGAGGCAGCGACUCGAAUGAGGCAGUUCGUUGGAGACGAGGAGAGCGAGGUGAGCCACUCCCAGAGCACCAGCCACAGAAAAAUUGGCAGCACCCACUCUCGAGGCAAGAGCACUGUCUCUUCCGAGGACGAUAACGAGCGGCUUCAUUCUGUUCGCGAGUUCGAGAAAAGGACCUCAGCCAUGGAGAACGUCUUGUUUGCCAUGGAAGGCAGCCACAGGCUCAGGCGAUGGUUCAGCCGCAUUCCCUGGGGACAAAGGAUAUUGCAUUAUAUCAUCUCGUGGACGCGUUGGCUUUGCAGCGCCUGGGAGACAAGGGGUUCCACUUCUAGUGUUCUAGCGUUUGCCUUUGCCGUGGACAUCCGCCCGAGCCCAAAACAAGUUACUCAAAGCGAUCAGCCAGCCUUGCUGGCAUUGGAGUUUCCGAACAAAGUGGCUACCAUCGGAAGGGAAGCAGGCCGAGAAGCUCGGACCCCCAGCAGCCAAGGAAAGACGCGGAAUGUGCUCGUCAUCCUGUACACGGCAAACUGGACACUGGAGAACGAAUCCUUCGACGUUCCAUACGCAGUGUCAGGUCUAGACAUCUUUUUCUGUACAGUGUACCUUCUUGAGUCUGGCCUGAAGAUCCGUGUCCACAAAGCCUACUUCUUCUGGAACGAGGAGGCUCCUUGGAAUGUAUUCGACUUAAUACUGGUAAUACUCGCGGUGUACGACCUGAUCGUCUCCUUGCAGUACGAUGACGGACAUUCCGCCAACAUGAACUUCAUGAGGUCCUUGAGAGUGGUCAAGGUCUCGCGGAUCCUGAGGCUUGUCCGGGUCAUCCGGGUCUUCCGAGAUCUGCGGUGCAUGCUGUUCUCAAUUAUUUGGUCAUUCAGUUCUCUUUUCUGGUGUUUGGUGCUCAUCUUCUUUGUCAUUCUGGUGUUCUCGCUGCUGAUUGUCCAGUUGGUCACUGAGCACAUCGUUGAGAAGGAUGUGGAUGGCCUCGUCAAAGAGGACUUCCUUUACUACUUUGGCUCAGUGCAGGUGACCAUGGCGACUCUAUACCAGGCCUGCACUGGUGGAGUGGACUGGAGAAAUCCUUAUGAGCUGCUAGAAUACACUGGCGAGAUGGGCGCUGUUGCCUUCCUCUUCUAUGUGGCUUUCUUCGAGUUUGCGGUCUUCAACGUCCUGACGGGCGUUUUCGUGGACCACGCGAUGAAAGUGUCCGCAGCCGAUCGGGAGUUGGCCCUGGCGGAGCAGAAGAAGAAAGAGAGAACGGAGGCAGAGCGCCUCCGAGACACGUGUCGCAUUAUCGAUGCGGAUGGGGAUGGCAAGAUCUCCUGGGUUGAAUUCCAUGACUUCCUGCAGUUCGAGAAUGGCUACCGGAACAUGGCUUCCCUGGGUCUUGACAUCUUCGAUUCCAAGAAAUUCUUCAAGAACUUGAUGGUCAUGACGAACCAGCGGGAGAUCGAGAUCACGCAGUUCGUUUCUGGAUGCAUGCGCAUGAAAGGUGCUGCUACCGGCAUUGACCUGCACACGUUAGUCGCCGACCUCUCCACCUUCCAGCGCCGACAAGAGCAGCUCCAGGAGAUGGUCGCAUCAACGCUGAAGGAUCGCUCGAUAAGGUUCCGAUCGAACGACAGGGUGGGCAGCAUCGUUGCAACACCGGUGUCGCAGGCAGGGGCGAGCGAUCCUAUGCUGUUCGCCUCGCAAAGCAAUGCGUCGCUGUCCGAGAGGAGCAACAGCCAGGGCCUUGUGGUCGCAAUCCCAUCAGAAGGCGCCAGGGGCAUUGAUGCAACGCCGUCGAAGCCGCUGCGUGCAGGUGGCCUCCGAAAGUCCCGGUCGGAGUUGAGCCAAAUAUCUGACGGCUUCCUUUCGCUGGAUUCCGUCCUUCCACGGGCUCAGGAGGAUGAAGCCGGCAGCCAGCGGUACAAGCUGCAGAUAUGA